AUGGACAACCACGGACAACCGUCUCCCGUGAGUGCUGUGUUGGCAAGCGCUCAGCCUCAUCCCACCCAAAUGGAGACACGACCGAUCCCAGCCCGCAGAGUCCCAGAUCGCAAAUCGACCAGAUGCCGGUACUUCGGGUCCAAAAAUGGAUGUCGGGCUGGCGAUGCCUGCCGGUUUGCACACGAAACGGUGUCCAGCAACUCCUUGGCUGCAUCUUCAGAGAACCCGACUAGCUUUAUAGAUACCACCAACAAUGCGCGGGUCGAAACUGCAAUUGAUCCUGAACCCCGAUUCCUGGCUGGCAGAAAUGAGGAAGAAUUGGUGCCGCAAGUCCAGGAAUUAACCACUUCACCCCAAGAAUCUACUGGUACCAAGCCUCGAGCUGUUCAACGGCCAACCCCACAUGCUCAGCGUGGUAAACCCAGGGAGUUCGAACUCAAUCAAAUAAGGCGCCGUUUUCAUCCUCAAGAGAGAUCCGACGAAGAUGGAACGAUUCUAUCGUUCCACAUGCACCUUUCCGACCCGGACCUUUCUGAUAAUUUGAAAAGCCUGGCCUGCGCCAUGCAUGUUCCCCUAGACUAUCCUGUACGCGGCAUGCCUUCACUGGAAAUUGUCGACGAGAAUGUAGGGAUGAGAGAAAAAAUACUUAUUCAAGAAGAGUUCGAAAGUAUUACCAAAGCUCGUAUUUCGGGCACUCUUCUAAACCGGAUGAACGUCCUUGACAGAUCUCUCACGAAGGUUUUCCACAAAGAGAACCCGGGGCAAGUUACAGCACCACUUGGCAGUGUUGCUCACGAGAGUGAACGCUAUACCCCUGACCAGGGUAACUUAAAGCAACCUCGCGCGAUAACAAUCAGUCAAGAAAAGGAGCAAGCGAGUCUGCGACGUGCAAAAGAGAUUACACAACUUACGUCUCGGCUUGAGAGAACGCCAUUGUUUUCGAAAUCUUCAGAUGGCGUUUCAUUUACCAUUCCUCUCAAUCCACUUAAACCCCAUUUAAUCCCUCAAUCUCUUAAAUCUGUGAAAAAGUUUAAUUUGGUUGUUCCCUUGUUAUACCCCCUCGAGCCGUGUCAUAUUAAUAUUCUUGGGACCGAUGACAACUCGGCUAGAGCAACAGAGUCAUCAUUUAAAAACCAUGUCAUAGGAAAUCCCAAUGCGAGCUUGACAUCACAUGUUAAUUACCUUUCAACAAUGCUACAUACUCUAGCGAAUCGACCAGUUGAAGGCUCUGAGUCUGACCGUGGAGUUACUUUGUUAUCAUUGAAUGAUAAUCCAGAUGCUAAAGAAAUAGUCGUCUCAUCUGCUACUACACCUCGACUCGAGUCCCAGCCUAAGGAGACGGAGGUUUCGACUGAGUUGGCUGAUCGACCACACAUCCAGGUCAUCCCUCGUCCACCGGAAUGGAUGUCGCCUAAGGAGGGAAACGAGUCUUACAGUGACGAGUCGGAUUACUCUGACGCAGAAGAAAGCGCUGCCGAUAGUGACGAUGAUGGUGACGGCGGCGGUGUUAACAUUCCAUCAGUGCCACCACUUCCAGCAGGCCGCGAUGUGGCUCUUUCGUUCCCUUCAAUGGAACUCCGGGGCAUCGAGCUCCUCGAGCUGAAAGCCUUACACUUAACUUUGAAAUGUGAGAGGUGCAAAGACCUCCUUGACAUGAAAAACAUCAAAAUUGGAGAUGAUGGUAUUAGCAUACCGCCAAAACGUGUUGAAUCAUGCAAGAAGUGCGGUAACUAUAUUAGCCUUGUUCUAACCGUGCGGGGUACCUGGAUUUGGAGGGAUGCCAUGCAGUUGAGCUGCUGCCCAGGGAUUGUUGCAGUUCGGGGAGAUGAUGCGUCGGCAGUUUGUCGUGGAUGUCACCAUAAAAUGAGGUUUAAAAUUCCCGAGGUCAAAUUUUUACUUGUGAGCGCUGGAGGAGGCAUCCUUGCCUAG